AGCUAUUUGAUCGCUCGAGGCAACAGAACCUGGUCAUUCCAGCAUCAGAAGUGUGAGCCAUGAACAGCAUCGCAACCGUGGUGUUUGCCGCAAUGCUCGGUGCAGCAGCGGCGUACCCAUCAAGCUGGUCCUGCAACUUUGCUUGCAUGGCGGCGAAGCAGCCUGGCGGAGCCUUCGGAAAAAUGGGCAUCGCCGAAUUCAAUAAUGGCACUGACGCCUGCGUGAUUACUACGGACAUCCCAGCCGCUGGAUACACUGGUGGACAAAACUAUACGGUGACUGUGACAUCUACUGGCACGUUUGCGCAGAAAGUGACCUGCAGCUCUGGGAUGUUUGGCGAUGACGACACGUCGAACCAGCCAACAAAGGCGAUGAGCCAGACUCAUACCUGGACUGCUCCAACAAGUGGUGCUCCUGCCUCUUUCGGUGCCAUGGACAGAAUCCAUCCAGUUGGGAAGAGGUCGACUGGUGGGAGCCAUUGGGGUUUAGUGAAGAAAGAGAUCUCAAGGCAUGGGUCAAGGGGGUUCAUGUUCAUCUUCCACAAGCACAAAGCUGGCUUCGUAUCAAACCUCGGUGCCCCGUUUUGGGUAUGGGGUUUAUCAAGUGAUUUGUACUCUCCAAGAUACUUUAAUACAAUGUGUCCAAGACAUGUUCUAGCUGCAAAUCUCAUUGUCACUAGAAUCUGACACCUAGAAGAUAAACACACCUUCAAGGUACCUCCUCAAGUUCAUUAACAGUGUUUCGGGAGAAGGACACGCAUUUGUUGGUAUCAUUUUGAGAAAAGUUCCUCUCAGUGAACCAUCCCGUUCCGACUCAAUGCUUUGGCAUUCAGCUUGCGCAAAACACAAACAUCAAUAUAUGAUCUAUAUGCUUGGGUGUCCUUUGUCAGACCUUGACCACUUGCAGGAUCUUGCAGGUCAAUGAACAGAGAAAGGCGAUAAUUGAUCACCUGGACGAAGAAAGUUUAAUAAGUACAGUAGGUUGCAAUUAUUAAUUCACUUGAUAUCUAGGUGUAC